AUAAUGAGGAUGCUCUAAGAAUUGUGUACUGCAUCUAAAUCUAAACACACCCAUCCAGAGUUUUUAAGUCUGCAGAAGUCUCCUUGCCCGAAUUUCUUUACAUCGAUCUUUCUCAACCCUAUAUCAAAUGGCGAAAUCAUCUCUCUUGGUAGUGUUUGGGGUCACAAUCCUGUUUGCCCUUGUGUUUGCGGGGACCACAUCUGCAUCCAUCGACGAUUCCGACGAAGACGAUGCCCAAUCGGAAGCUGCCGCCGCCUUUGUGAAGAAAACCAUUUCUUCUCAUUCCAUUGUCAUUUUCUCCAAAUCCUACUGCCCAUAUUGUAAAAGGGCAAAGGCUGUCUUUAAAGAAUUGAAGCAGAAAGCUUAUGUUGUUGAGCUUGAUGAGAGAGAUGAUGGAUGGCUUAUUCAAAAUGCCGUAAGUGAGGUGGUUGGAAGGCGUACGGUGCCACAGGUUUUCAUUAAUGGAAAGCACAUCGGAGGAUCUGAUGAUACUAUCGAGGCCUAUGAAAGCGGAAAAUUGGCUAAACUCCUAGGUCUUAAUGUAAGCAAGGAUGAUCUUUGAACCUAAUGCAAUUAAAUGGCAGCACAAGAUAAAUACUUCGGCUUUUGUUACUGCAGAGUAGUAUCAGUUAUCCAUAACAAAGAAAAAAGGACCAGUUUUUGGUUUCAACUAAUGUAAGAUGUUCUCCUUUAGUGGCAAACAAAUGAACAUCUAGAAAACCUAGCCUGAAUUCUUUAAAAUGUAAUGUGGUGGGUUUUUGUUCUAGUACUCAGGACUCAGAUGUGGUUAAGUUUUGUGCUGAAGGUUCCUUUAGUUAAAAGAAUUGAAAUGUUGACCUUUCAGUGGUGAUUGGUCAUUAUGGAUGAGAAUAAAUCCUUGUCAAACCUAGAGGUGUGGUUUAGUUCCAAUAUUAA